GCGGCGGUCGCGGCCGUCGCUCCUCUUGUCGCUGCCAUUGAGGUCCAGGAUCUCUUCGCCGUCGUGCUCCGCGGCCUCGGGCGCCUGCUCGGUCUUGAUCUGUACAGCUGCGGUGUGUCAGUGUCGAGUGUCGGUCGCCUGUGCGCGCAGCUCACUCUUGGGCUCCUCAGCGGGGGCGGCUGCGGGGGCAGCAGAGGUUGUGUCGGCCAUGGUAACUGAUGUUUCUGGGUCGCAAGGCAGUAGUCGGGCGGUCCAGAGGUAGUCUGUACGGCGGCAGGGUGUGAGUCGCAGCGUGCAGGCAGACGUUGUGCGGGCGAGUGAGCUUCCAGUGGGGAUUUUUCUCCCGCGCUUCUACUAAAGUUAGCGCCAAGCUUGCCCUUGAGAUUUUGGCCGUCGAUGCCGUCGACGCAUGUCCGCAUUCACCGAGACGACCCCCUAACACCACGCCACGCCCAUCGCCGCCAUGAGGAAGAAGCCGAGAUUCCACUCGCUGAAGAAGCUGAAAGUCCGGCAGGACAUGUCGCGCUGGACGCUGUACAGCCUGUCGCAGCUCAAGCAGCCCAACGUCAGCACGCGCACAUUCUUCCAGCAGAAAUGGACCGCCAAAGCCGACACCCGCGCCUACCACGGCGAGCAGAUCCGCGAGAAGAAGUGGGCGCGCCUCUUCAAGCGCUCCAUCCCCGCCGUCGUGCCCAUGGACCACAAGUACCUCGCCCGCCACGACGGCAGCGAGCAGGCCGCCGGCCGCGGUGCAGGCGCAGACUCGCAGGACAAGCAGCGCACCCCGCCCAUGACGCCGUACAUGCAGAUGGCCUACUACCCGAUCGAACGCCGCCUGGACACGGCCAUCUUCCGCGCCCUGUUUGCCAGCAGCGUCCGCCAGGCCCGCCAGUUCUGCGUCCACGGCCUCGUCACGGUCAACGGCAAGAAGAUGCCCUACCCCGGCUACAUGCUCAACCCCGGCGACAUGUUCCAGGUGGAGCCCUCGAGCGUCAUGUUCGCUACGGGUGCGCAGAAGGAACGCUCCUCCACCGCCCGCCGCGUCGCCAAAGAAAAGGCGGCCGCCCGCGCCGAAGCCCGCGAAGCUGCCGGCGGCCAGACACCGCGCCAGCCCAAGCCCCGAUCCGCGGUCCCGUCGGCGGGCGAGGAGCCCACGCCCGCCGAGCUCAGGAAGCACCUGCAAGCCAUGAUGGACGACGUCAACGGCGUCCUGGCCGAGGACGUCGGCGCAAAAGACAAGCAGAAGUUCCGCGCCUUCCGCCAGACGGUCAAGCGCGCCAUCAGCCUGUGGCGGAACGCAAGCCCCGAGUCCAUCUCGACGCUGGACACGCAGUUCGACUUCCUCAAGACGCAGCUCGCGGGCCGUGCCGCACCGUCCACGCCGGCCACAGCGCCUGAUGCUAUCCAGGAGCCGCUGUUCAGCGAGGAGGACCAGGCGAAGCUGCGUCAGGCCUUCGAGAAGCUGCGUCUCGAAACCGAACACACAUCCGCGUGGAAUUCACGAAACGCCGCUGCCCCCUACGCAACACCGUGGCGGCCGAGGGCCUAUAUGAGUGCGUUUGCAUUCAUCCCCAGGUACCUCGAAGUCAACCAGAACAUCUGCGCGGCCGUCUACCUAAGGCACCCCGUUGCUCGACCCGGGCUAGCGGAAGUGCCCACGCCCUUCCACAUCGAGACGGGCCAGCUGGCAUUCAACUGGUACCUGCGGAGGCGGUAGACGUGGGAUUGGUGUACGAUAGUGGAAAGACGAUGUGGGAAGAGUGUGGACCUGUAGCAUACUGUGACUACUACCAGCAUCGGGACCGGUGUUUUGCAAUACAAUUCAUAUUUGAUGAAACGACCCUGUUGAUGAAACGACACUGUCCACCGUUGCUGCCCCGUUCCACAAGUGAGAGCAGGUUUCGCGGGUGGGUUCUUCGCGAGUGUGUUCACGGUGGACGGGACAUCGGGUUCCAAGACACGCGUGCCGACAGUGAAAACUGCGAGGUUGACAGAAGUACGGCCGUCAGUCAAAAGGAACCU